CUGUAGUGCCAGCUACUUGGAAGGCUGAGGCAAGAGGAUUGCUUGAACCCGGGAGGCGGAGGCUGCAGUGAGCCGAGAUUGUGCCACUGCACUCCAGCCUGGGUGACAGAGCGAGACCCUAGCUCAAAACAUAAUAAUAAUUUGAGAUGUAUCUUUUCAGGUUUUUUAACGUAUAUAUGAUAUAUAUGAUGACAUUUUGAAGUGUUCUGUUUUACACUGUCACCGGAGGUUUUGUCAUGCCAUUAUGAAUAAUGCCUCAUUUGCAGAUUUGGGUCAGAUGAAGGCUGAGUGAGAGUGAUUUUAGCCUGAUGAGUGAGUUUUCAUAGUCCCUGGUGGCCGUGUGUCACCCUUCUUCAUCUGAAGGUCCCCGGUGGUGCCAUUGUCUUUCCCUGCUCCCCAUCCCCAGCCAGCUCCGCUUCCUGAAUUCUCCCCGUCUUUGAUGGUCCUGCUGUUCUUAUGGUGACCUGACUUUGGUUAAUAAACAUGUAAUCAUGAGUAUAUGAGGCCCGCCUCUUCCUGGCUGCAUGCUAGGCAGUGGGGAUACAGAGGAAUUAAACACUGUCCCUUCCUUCAAGGAGGGCUGUAGUUUUUGCCCCCAUCUUCUUCAGUCAUUUGGUAAGACUAGGACCAGUUCUGCGUCGAUAGCUUCAUUCCCUCACUCUGUUACAUACCUCACCUCCUCUUGCUUGCUCUCCCUGCUCUCCCUGUCUCCAUUGUAGGCCUUUCUCACCCUGCCCCAGGCUGUUCCAGCAGCCUCUUUCAGCCCUCACUCUUGCUCUAGCCUCCAGUUUGUUCUUCGUAUCACAGUCAGUUCCGUGGCCCCCAGGCAUAGCUCCAGUCACACCCAGUCCCUCCCCAUUGCCUAGGCCAGCGUUUUGCAGCGUACACUGCAGACCAUGGGGGUCCCCAAAACUCCUUUAGGAAUCUGCACAGUCAAAAUGAUUUUUGUAAUAGUACUAAGAUGCUAUCUGUUGCUAGAAAGCAACAAUGAGUAAGACUAUUGGUGCCUUGGUCAAGGUGGUGAUGCUGAACUAUGCCAGUAGCCACUAUAUUCUCCACUGCUAUGUACUCCCAGGUUUUUGUUUUUGUUUUUAUUUUGAGAUGGAGUCUCACUUUGUCGCCCAGGCUGGACUGCAACAGCACGACCUCGGCUCACUGCACCCUCCGCCUCCCGGGUUCAAGUGAUUCUCCUGCUUCAGUCUCCUGAGUAACUGAGAUUAGAGACACCUGCCACCACAACCAGCUAAUUUUUGUAUUUUUAAUAGAGACAGAGUUUUGCCAUGUUCGCCAGGCUGGUCUCGAACUCCUGACCUCAGGUGGUCUGCCCACCUCAGCCUCGCAAAGUGCUGGGAUUACAGGCAUGAGCCACCACACCCGGCUUUUUUUUAAUGCCAUUUUCACACAAGAAUGUCUUUGAUGAAGUAGCAAAAAUUGUCAGUUUUAUUGAAUUUCAACCCUGAGAACAGAUCUCUUUAAUAUUCUGUGUAACAAAAUAGAAAUGCUCAUAAAGUACUUCUGCGGCAAACCGAAGUAUAGCACUUGACUCAAGGAAAAGCACGUGUGGGAUCCCUUGAAUGGCAAGCGAAACUAGCCACUAGUUUCAUUUUUACGUGAAACAAUGGCUGUGUUGGGUGCUGAGGCUGGAAGGUAGACAGGGGCUUGGGGUUAGAGAGCCUCGUGGGCUGCGUUUGUGCUUGGGGGCCUUGAGCGCAGCCCACCUUUGUCAGCUUUCUACACGCUGCUCCCCACUCCCAUGCAGCCCUUUCCUCCUGCUUGCUCUUUCUUCAGCACACACUUCCUUCUCCCCUUCCAUAUCCUUCCUCUUGUUCCUUCCACCAGGAGAUGCAGUGACAGCUCUGAAGGCUGCCUGUGAUCCCAGAAUCAGAACGGAGGGAGAAGAUGGACUGGAGUUGUGACCUUUUGUCUCUAGGACUCUCAGGCCCCCAGUCCUGUCUGAGGCCUGUGGGGGAUCCCUUGCUGGCACCCUAGCAGGCCUCACCUGCCAGUUUCAUUGCAGCGGAGUGAGAUGCUGCCACCUGCAUGCUGCGGCCCAGCCUCCCUUCACACCGGACUCUUGGGGAAAGAAUACCUUAGCCGCUUGCAGUAUCGCUAUGGACAGACGGUCCUUUGAUUGAGCUGACUUUACAAGUGGCUCCUUUUAUCUGUCAUGUGUUAAAUCUGACUAGUGUCUGUUUGAGUGUACCCUUUCCUUGUCCCCGCAUAAUGAUGGUGCCACAAAACCAAAUCUUCCCACUAAUGGGUCAGGCAGAAGAACGUAGCCUGUCCCUGACACCAGAACUGCCAUGAAAUAAUGUGGGUGGACUUUGGUUGGUAGCUCAUCUUUCAUAAGACGACAAAAUACAAGGCAAGCUCAGAGCAAGAAGAAGAAACUUCUGAUAAAUGAAGUUUUCGAUUAAUAGGAUGAUGAUAAUGUGGUAAUAAUGCUUUCAUAUUUCCAGAAGCUAGGGCAGUGCUGCCCAACCUUUUCACAUCAUAGCACACGCUGAAAAUGAUACUGUUCUGCACACCUGAGUAACAGCGAGUGACUGGAGGCCUGAUGAGGGGAUCAAUACCUCAUUCACAGCACAUCAGCAGGGAAGCUCUGUGCUAAGAGAUGGGCAGUAGCGAACCCCUUCCCAUCGCAGAUGGUGACAGGAGGAGGAAGAAGAAGCGGAGGGCCCGGGCCACUGACUCCUUGCCAGGAAAGUUUGAAGAUAUGUACAAGCUGACCUCUGAAUUGCUUGGAGAGGGAGCCUAUGCCAAAGUUCAAGGUGCCGUGAGCCUACAGAAUGGCAAAGAGUAUGCCGUCAAAAUCAUCGAGAAACAAGCAGGGCACAGUCGGAGUAGGGUGUUUCGAGAGGUGGAGACGCUGUAUCAGUGUCAGGGAAACAAGAACAUUUUGGAGCUGAUUGAGUUCUUUGAAGAUGACACAAGGUUUUACUUGGUCUUUGAGAAAUUGCAAGGAGGUUCCAUCUUAGCCCACAUCCAGAAGCAAAAGCACUUCAAUGAGCGAGAAGCCAGCCGAGUGGUGCGGGACGUUGCUGCUGCCCUUGACUUCCUGCAUACCAAAGGCAUUGCUCAUCGUGAUCUGAAACCAGAAAAUAUAUUGUGUGAAUCUCCAGAAAAGGUGUCUCCAGUGAAAAUCUGUGACUUUGACUUGGGCAGUGGGGUGAAACUGAACAACUCCUGUACUCCCAUAACCACACCAGAGCUGACCACCCCAUGUGGCUCUGCAGAAUACAUGGCCCCUGAGGUAGUGGAGGUCUUCACAGACCAGGCCACGUUCUACGACAAGCGCUGUGACCUGUGGAGCCUAGGCGUGGUCCUCUACAUCAUGCUGAGCGGCUACCCGCCCUUCGUGGGUCACUGCGGGGCCGACUGUGGCUGGGACCGGGGCGAGGUCUGCAGGGUGUGCCAGAACAAGCUGUUUGAAAGCAUCCAGGAAGGCAAGUAUGAGUUUCCUGACAAGGACUGGGCACACAUCUCCAGUGAGGCCAAAGACCUCAUCUCCAAGCUCCUGGUGCGAGAUGCGAAGCAGAGACUUAGCGCCGCCCAAGUUCUGCAGCACCCAUGGGUGCAGGGGGAAGCUCCAGAAAAGGGACUCCCCACGCCGCAAGUCCUCCAGAGGAACAGCAGCACAAUGGACCUGACGCUCUUCGCAGCUGAGGCCAUCGCCCUUAACCGCCAGCUAUCUCAGCACGAAGAGAACGAACUAGCAGAGGAGCCAGAGGCACUAGCUGAUGGCCUCUGCUCCAUGAAGCUUUCCCCUCCUUGCAAGUCACGCCUGGCCCGGAGACGGGCCCUGGCCCAGGCAGGCCGUGGUGAAGACAGGAGCCCGCCCACAGCACUCUGAAAUGCUCCAGUCACACCUUAUAGGCCCUAGGCCUGGCCAGGCAUUGUCCCCCUGGAAACCUGUGUGGCUAAAGUCUGCUGAGCAGGCGGCAGCCUCUGCUCUGUGGCUUCAUUCAGGCUUUUUCAUCUACGAAGGCCCUGAAGUUCCCAUCAACCCCCCAUUUCCCUAGGGUCCUGAAGGAAAAAGCUUUUUCCAAAGGGGUUGUCUUUGAAAAGGAAAGCAAUCACUUCUCACUUUGCAUAAUUGCCUGCAGCAGGAACAUCUCUUCGCUGGGCUCCACCUGCUCACCCGCCUGCAGAUCUGGGAUCCGGCCUGCUCUCACCGCUGUAGCUGUGGCGGCUGGGGCUGCAGCCUGCAGGGAGAAGCAAGAAGCAUCAGUUGACAGAGGCUGCCGGCACGUGCUUCUUCCCUCUCUGCUCUGUCACCCUCCUCUGGAGGUCCUUCCACCUUCCUCUGUCCUCCGGAUGUCCUCUUUGCCCGUCUUCUCCCUUGGCUAAGUAAAGCCAUCCCCUCAAUUCAGGAAGGGCAAGGAGCCUUCCUCAUUCAGGAAAUCAGAUCAGUCUUCGGUCUGCAGCACGGAGAAGCACAUAAUCUUUCUUUGCCGUGACCGAAAUGUGUCCCUCGUUUAUCAUCCCCUUUGUGAUUGCUGCUAAAGUCGUAGUAUCGUUUUUUAAAAAAAAAAAAGUUUGUUUUUUUUAACCAUGCUGUUCCAGCAAAGAUGAUACCUUAAACUCCCACUGCAAGCCCAUGAACUUCCCAGAGAGUGGAACGGCUUGCUCUUCUGGAAUGUCCAUGCAUUUGGGUUUUAAUCAGCAGUUCCCUAUUAUUCUGAUUUUAAGCUGUUCCAGUGACAAACUUAGAGACAGCGUCAGUGUCUGCUGCUGUGUCCCCAGGUCUUGUGUGGGUGGCACAGAUCUGGGCAGUUAGAGCUCUGUGCCUAAGGUGAAGCCACACUAGGGUGAAGCCUCACUUCCCUGUUUGAGUGAUGCAGUGCCUGCUGCCCGAGUGCAUGAAGGUACAGCCAUUCAGAUAAGUGGAACUAUUGAGUUACAUAAAGAAAAUAGAUUUGCAUUUGUCAGGCAGACGUUUAUACAACACCACGGUGCUUUUAUACAUUGUGCUUAUUUUAAUAAAACUGAAAUUCUA